AUGUCAUUCUCAGACGCCAGCCCAGAGCUAGAAUGGUUCAACGUCCUCAUUGGCCUCCUGUUCAUCGCGUUCAACGCUGCACUCUCCCACUUUCUCGAGCUUGGUGUAGGCCAAUGCCUUAUCACCGCCUCCGCACGAUGUAUCAUCCAAUUAACCAUCGUUUCGCACCUGCUCGAACGUGCGUUCAGCUCCCAUGACCCAAGGACGACGUUGGGAAUCAUUGUCGUGCUGAAUACCCUUGCCGCGCUCGAAGCCGUUGCCAAUAAGUGCAAGCGCCGGUAUGAUGCCAUGUUCGUCAUCGUGCUCGCGUCAAUGCUGCUCUCGACGAUACCUAUGUCGUACGUGGGCGUCCGCUUCGCGAUGAGUGUCGAUCCUGUGUCAAAGCCUGCAAGAUACAUUCCGAUCGUCGGGAUGCUCUGCGGAAAUACCAUAUCCAAGCUUCAAGUCUCUCUGGCCUACGUACUUGAGGAACUCAGCACGAAUCGCGCGAGAACUGAGACCUACCUCGGCUUCGGCGCCUCACGUCUUGAAGCAUGUAAGCCUAUCGCCAAGGCCGCACUUCGUCUCGCGCUCGCACCCUCUAUCAACCAAAUGAGCGUGUUAGGAAUCAUAUCCAUACCGGGGACAAUGACCGGCGCGAUGCUAGGCGGUUCAUCCGUUGAGCAAGCUGCUCGUCUGCAGAUGAUUGUAGCCUUCAUGCUUGCCGCAUCCUCUUCACUGGCUACGAUCAUCGCGGUGGCCUGCACCCUCAUGAUCUGCAUCGACGAUGAGCAUCGUAUACGCGCAGACCGCAUACACGAACGCCCAACCGCCGUGUGGCGUGUGUUGGCGACCACUGCUUACGCGCCAUACAGUGUGGUCAGCGCCCGUGCUCACAAGGGCGUCUCUGGCUUCACCUCGGAGUUGGGGCAUGUCACGGAACCGCAGCAGUCGUUCCGAUCUGAUGCUGCGCCAGAGACCAGCCGUUGCGGGAGAAGGGCGACAGCGGUUCUACGGGCGUCGAUGCGCGGGAUACACUUUGGGAGAUGCUACUUGAGUCACGCUCCGUCCACUCUCAGGCUCCUAUCUGUAGACGGGAAGACACUCGCGUUGAAGCAGAAUGUUACGGAUCUGAUUAGACUUCCUAAGUCGAUGUUCCUGAUCCCAUUAUUGUUAGGUUACACGAGCAGUCAAUCGAAGAAACUAUCAUAG